UCGACAUCUCUGAACCUUGUCACUACUUCUAUCGGACAGUCCUACAUGCCGAGAUGGAAGAGCUGAUGGGUGCCCUGGGGCAGCACUUCACUGGGUUACGCGAAGGCGCGGCGGGAGCUGGGAGGGUACAUCAGUCCGUCUCGCAGCUAGUCUCCUCCCUGUCCGACCUUGGCUCCCAGCUCGACUUCAAUCUCGCACAGGCGCAACAAACUCACGUACUGCAGCAAGGAAACGCUGAAGCGGCCGCGCAACUCGCCUAUUCGCUCGCGGAACUCAGUGCGGCCGCACAUAACGAGAUCCAGAACAUCUCUGGCACCGCGGAAGGCAUUCGCGAGAACAUGCUGGGCGCGGCCGCUGAGGCGCUCGGUCCUGACUGGCUCGCGUGGGGACGGGCGUUCGCACUGUGGGCGUGCGGUGUGAUUCUGCGUGGUAAGUGCCGCAGAAGCCUGCGAAGCCGGUUGUGUGGCUCAGCCGAUUCCCCUCGAGCAGUCGACCCCUCAAACCUGGAGCACCUCGCCACUCUCCCCACUGUUCGCGCGCUCAUCGUCACCAUCCGGGUGACGGGCUGGGCCGUGCGCAUAGCCGCCUCUUCAUCUGUGAGUAUGGUGUUGCUCGCGCUGUCCGCGCGGCGCUGGCUGGCCACCCUCCUAGCCUCGAGCCAAGAUCUGGAGAGUUCAAGGUGCGUCUCCCCGCGCCGUGCGACCGCACUGAUUCGCAGACCGCUGGUGACAGCCGCAGCCACGCCCCUGGCCCGGAAUCUGAGACUCUGGCUAGCGCAGGGUCGAUCCCCCCUAUCGGCUGGUCUGAGCGGGAGCGCCAUCCGCUCGCUCGCGCUCUACCCCCAUCGAUAUCUUCAAAUGCGACAAGACGCUAUCGUCCUCGAGUCUCCCGCAUCCCAGACAGGCUGUGCAUUCCUCCGCUCAUAACUACUGGAUCUGCCCUGACCUUGCCCCGGGACAAUGAACUCUCUCCGCUCUGCGCCAGCCGCCCGUGGACACUCGCCGCGAUUCUCCGUCUCUCCGUCUGCCACCUCGUGUUCUAGCCCGUCUUCGCCUGCCGAAAGUGGACAGCUCUGGUCUUGUGCUGCGGCUUCGGCUUCUGGCGAUGCUUUCUCAGCCUUCCGAUAUUGCCGGCUGUUCUCACUUCCGACCGACUCUGCGUGCGUCUUCUGGCUCCGGGCGCUCUGCGGUCCGCUACUUUUCAUACCGUCAAUGACGGUAUG